CUCGUCUCCCUCACUCUUUCAGUCCCCCCAAAUCACCACCAUGGACGCCAAGUUGUUACAACCUUCAGUCCCCAACAUUUCAGUCUACAGUACCAUAAAGUCCUCAAGACCCGAUUCCCAUUUGGUCUCCAAGAUCAUUCUUACAACCUCCAGCCAUAGCUUUCCAUGCAAUCCAGAAAGAAAACAGACCCUUAAUGCUGCUAUGGCCCUGCAAGCUUCUUCUUCUCCAUCCCAUCUCAUCGGAUAUUCAGGGAAGAAAAGGGUAGAUGCGAGUGAAAGCUUGACUCUAGACAGUAUUAGACACUCUUUGAUUCGACAAGAGGAUGACAUAAUAUUUAGCCUUUUGGAGAGGGCACAGUAUUGUUACAAUGCUGACACUUAUGACCGUGAUGCCUUCUCAAUGGAAGGAUUUCAUGGUUCGCUGGUGGAAUUCAUGCUCAGGGAAACUGAAAAGCUCCAUGCGCAGGUUGGCAGAUACAAGAGCCCAGAUGAGCAUCCUUUCUUCCCGGGACAUUUACCAGAGCCAAUGCUUCCUCCUUUGCAGUAUCCACAGGUUCUACAUCCUUGUGCUGGUUCGAUUAAUAUAAACAACAAAGUUUGGAACAUGUAUUUUAGAGAUCUUCUUCCCAGAUUAGUCAAACAAGGAGAUGAUGGUAAUUGUGGAUCAGCUGCUGUUUUUGACACCCUUUGCUUGCAGGCACUCUCGAAGAGAAUCCACUAUGGUAAAUUUGUUGCAGAGGCAAAAUUCCGACAAUCCCCUGCAGACUAUGAGCCUGCCAUUAGAGCACAAGACAGGAUGCAAUUGAUGAGCUUGCUGACAUUUGAAACAGUGGAAGCAGCUAUCAAGAAGAGAGUAGAGAUGAAAACUAAAACACUUGGCCAGGAGGUCAAAAUCAACCAAGACGAAGACGAUGCUAAUCCUGUAUAUAAGAUCAAGCCAAAUCUAGUUGCCGCUCUGUAUGGGGAUUGGAUCAUGCCUCUCACAAAGGAAGUUCAGGUUGAAUACCUAUUGAGAAGACUGGAUUAGCUCCAAGAGAGAUUAUAUUUGGGCAGUUAGCCAGUCAUAUUCUAUUUUAGAUUUUAGUCCAAGCUUGGAUUUUAUUUUAUAGUUAAUUGAUGUGAAUGACUUCUAGUUGUUUCGAUUCAACUUGUUGUUGGGAACAUUGUUUGCUAAUAAGAUCAGUAGAGGAAGGAUUCAUUGUUCAUCCUGCUGGGCGUACUUCAAAUCCCUCUCUACAAAAUCAAAUAACAAUGAAGGGCUAGGCUUUAUUAUGAUUUAUACUGUAACUUUCUAAAUAUA